AUGCCAACGUACGAAGUUGAAACCGACACUCUUCUUUUUGAUAUGGAUGGAACCCUCGUUAGCUCGACGGCAGCUCUGAGCGCUGUGUGGGCAGAGUUCUGCGAGCAAUACAACAUGGACCUCAACGACCUCUUGACCAACUCGCACGGCAAGCGCACUGUUGAGAAUCUCGAAGAGCGCCUUCCGCAGCUCACCCAUGAGCAAGCUCAGUCUGAGGCUUACCGCUUCGAGAACCGCAUCAUUGAGCUUUCGGACGAACGUCGCGCUAAGGCGACUAAGGAACCCACUGCGGAAGACCCCCAGGGAAGCAUUGUGGGUCUGCCUGGUGUCAAGGACCUGCUCACGCAGAUCAACGAGGGCGCAAAGCAGGACCCGAGUCGCCGCCCUGGCUGGGCCAUUGUAACGAGCGCCACGGGCGACUAUGCCCGCCGCGCAUUCCUCUCGACCAAGUCGUCCGACCUCCCUAAGGUGUUUGUGUCUUCGGACGACGUGACGAAGGGCAAGCCGAACCCUGAGCCAUACAAGAAGGGUGCUGAGCUCAGUCAUGUCAACCCAACGAACUGUAUUGUUGUGGAAGACGCGCCUGCCGGUGUGCUCAGUGGUAAGCGCGCCGGUGCUCGUGUGCUCGCCCUCAAAACGACGCAUGAGGCUGAGCGUCUCUGGCGUCAGGGUGCCGACUUUGUGGUCGAUGACCUCAGCAAGGUCAAGGCUCACUGGUCGGGUGACAAGGUCGUGCUUACGAUCGACUCGGAGGAACGUCCCAGUUUCGAGUAG